UCCCAUCACAUUCUUGCAAAAAAAAAACAUGAACAGAUUCUUCCUAGCAACGCUCUCGCUCCUCGUGAUCAUCGGUCUCGUGGAGUGCUUUGACUUCCACGAGGCCGAGCUGGAGACCGAGGAGCGCCUGUGGGACCUCUACGAGCGGUGGAGGAGCCACCACACCGUGUCGAGGAGCAUCCACGACAAACAAAAGCGCUACAACGUGUUCAAGGCCAAUGCCCAUUACAUCAACGAUUUCAACAAGAUGGACAAGCCCUACAAGCUCAAACUCAACAAGUUUGCCGACAUGACAAACCACGAAUUCAAGAGCGUCUAUGCCGGUUCGAAGGUGGGCCAUAAUCGAAUGUUCCAAGGGGCCCCACGUGCCAAUCGAAGCUUCAUGUACGAGGAUGUACAUGAUGUUCCGACCUCUGUUGAUUGGAGGAAGAAAGGCGCCGUCACCGCAGUCAAAGAUCAAGGAAGUUGUGGUAGUUGUUGGGCGUUUUCGACUAUUGUUGCGGUUGAGGGGAUAAACUACAUCAAGACGAAGAAAUUAGUGUCUCUAUCCGAACAAGAGCUCGUUGACUGCGACAUCGAGGAGAACCAAGGGUGCAAUGGAGGGCUAAUGGAAGCAGCUUUUGAUUUCAUUCAAAAAAAUGGAGGAUUAACAACAGAGAGUAUCUAUCCUUACACGGCUAAAGAUGGGCAAUGUGACAAGAAAAAGGCGAACGCUCCGGUAGUAGCUAUAGAUGGACAUGAAAAUGUACCCGUGAACAACGAAGAUGCACUGUUGAAAGCGGUAGUUAACCAGCCCGUCUCCGUGGCAAUUGAAGCCGGAGGCCCUGAUUUCCAAUUUUACUCAGAGGGUGUAUAUGCAGGGGAAUGUGGCACUGACCUAGACCACGGGGUGGCAAUCGUUGGGUAUGGCACGACCCUCGAUGGGACAAAAUAUUGGAUCGUGAGGAACUCGUGGGGAGCCGAUUGGGGCGAAAAGGGUUAUGUUAGAAUGCAACGCGGGAUCGCUAAAAAACAUGGACGAUGUGGCAUUGCGAUGGAAGCAUCUUAUCCCAUCAAAAAAUCAUCCAGCAAUCCCGGCGACGAUGAGGGUGAAUCGACAACAAAUAAGGAUGAACUCUAGUUUGAUUUUGCAUUUGCCAUCGACUGUUGUUCUAUUGUUAGAUAAGAAGUUAUUUGGUUAUGUCACACGGAUUGAUUUCUAUGUAUUUGUUAUUGUGUAGUUUAAGUGUGUGUAUGCUCAAUUUAUUGAGUCAUAUCCAUAUCAUGAAUUCAAUAAAAAUAGCUCUUAUGGCUU